AUGGUCCAACUCCACCAGGAUACAGAUCCAUAAAGAUCAGCCCAGCACUCUGAACAGCUCAGAGGGAGGAGCCUGACCAGCAGUUCCUCAUGCUAUUGCCUUGUUCUUUUUCUCUGGACAGGUGGCUCCUUAAUGACAGAUCCUUAAUGACAAAUCCAUAAUGUCUGUGGUUGAGACUCUGAUGCACAUCAGGGUCACUUUUCUACCGGUCUGGCUUGGGAUAUCUCUGUCCAUUCCUGACCUCUCCCAGGCCAGUCCCUCCCAGCAUUUCACCUCCCCAGAAGUGGUGAUCCCCUUGAAGGUUAUCAGCAGGGACAAAACUGCAGAGGCUCUGGGUUGGCUCUCCUAUAGUCUGCGGUUCGGAGGCCAAAGACAUGUUGUCCAUAUGAAGGCCAAGAAGCUGUUAGUUUCUCCACACCUCCCAGUGUUCACUUACACAGAGCAGCAUGUCCUCCAUCAGGAUCAGCCCUUUGUCCAGGAUGACUGCUACUAUCAUGGUUUUGUGGAGGGGGUCUCUGAGUCCCUGGUUGCCCUCAGUACCUGUUCCGGGGGCUUUCAAGGAAUGCUACAGAUAAAUGAACUUGCUUAUGAAAUUAAGCCAAUAAAGCUUUCUGUUACAUUUGAACACUUGUUAUAUAAGAUAGACACUAAUGAGACACAGUUCCCACCUAUGAGAUGUGGGUUAACAGAAGAGAAAAUAGCACGUCAAUUGGAAUUGCAAAUGUCACAUAAUUUCACUCUGAAACAAAGUUCUUAUUUGGGGUGGUGGAUCCACUCACGUUUUCUUGAGGUAGCAGUGGUUGUGGACUAUCAUAGAUAUGUUUUCUCCGAAAGGAAUGUGACAACGAUAAAGUUGGACAUAAUUAAUGUUGUCAAUAUAGUGAAUUCCUUAUAUCAGGCUUUGGAAAUUGACAUAGUUUUGACUGGGUUGGAGGUCUGGACUACAAAUAAUCCAAUUAAUACCAGUGAUGACUUAGAUUAUGUUUUGGACUACUUUUGUACUUGGAAGCAAAAUAACCUUGAUGGACGUCUGCCUUAUGAUGUUGUACAUCUGUUUAUGAAAGAAUAUUAUGGUGGUGGGAAACUUGGUGUCGCCUAUGUUGGAGGAGCAUGCCGUGCUCUUUAUAACUGUGGAGUUGAAUUGUUUAGAGACAACCAACAUUCCAAUUUUGCAAUUGCUAUGAGCCAUGAGCUUGGUCAUAAUUUGGGUAUGUGGCAUGAUGAACGAUAUUGUGGAUGUGGAUCCAGGACAUGCAUAAUGAAUCGGUACUACACUUUUUCAUUUAGAUUUAGCAAUUGCAGUUAUGCCGAGUAUUGGGACAAUCGUCGGAAUACAUGUAUUUAUCCUCUUGCACAUGAAUCGGAUGUCUUUAAGAUUAAAUACUGUGGGAACGAAGUAGUUGAUGCAGGAGAAGAGUGUGAUUGUGGAUCUGUCCAGCAGUGUGCAAGAAAUCCCUGUUGUCAGUCUAACUGCACUUUCAGUCCUGGAUCAUCUUGUUCUUUUGGGCUUUGUUGCAAAGACUGUAAAUUUAGGCCACCAGGGACUUUAUGUAGACAUCCGCUCAAUAAAUGUGACCUUCCAAAGUGGUGCAAUGGGACAUCCCAUCAAUGCCCAGAUGAUGUAUAUGUGCAGGAUGGAAGCCCUUGUAGUGACAAUGCCUACUGCUAUAAAAAGACAUGUAAUACCCAUGAUUUACAGUGUAAAGAGAUUUUUGGCAGAGAUGCAAGGAGUGCAUCUCAGAGUUGCUACAAUAAAAUCAACACCCAAGGAAAUCGUUUUGGGCACUGUGAUAUUGUAGGCACAACAUAUACCAAAUGUUCGGAACCUGAUAUCAUGUGUGGAAGGGUUCAGUGUGAAAAUGUGAGCCGACUUCCCUUUCUCCAAUCACAUUUUACAGUGCAUCAGCUUCACUUCAAUGAAAACACUUGCUGGGGCACUGAUUAUCAUUUAGGGAUGUCCAUACCUGAUAUUGAUCAAGUAAAAGAAGGCACCUCAUGUGCUCCAGGAAAGAUCUGCAUCAGUAAGAAGUGUGCAAGUAUGGUUCAGCUGUCCGAAAUCUGUCAGCCUGAGACCUGCAACAUGAGGGGGGUCUGUAAUAACAAACAUCACUGUCACUGCAACCAUGAAUGGUCACCUCCCAACUGUAGUAACAAAGGCUAUGGAGGUAGUGAAGAUAGUGGUCCACCUCCUGGGAAACCC